CGCCGACAACGACGAACACCGGCGCGCCGCAGCGAGGAAAGAACCAACAGACAGCCGCCAAGGCAUCAGAAGAGACACAAUGGUGCUCUCCUUCAUCCUGAUCCAAAACCGGCAAGGCAAGACCCGCCUAGCAAAAUGGUACGCUCCCUACACCGACGCCGACAAGAUCAAGCUCAAGGGCGAAGUGCACCGCCUCAUCGCGCCGCGGGACCAGAAGCACCAGUCGAAUUUCGUGGAGUUCCGACAGCACCGCGUGGUGUAUCGGCGGUAUGCGGGGCUGUUCUUCUGCGUCUGCGUGGAUGCGAAUGAUAAUGAGCUGGCGUAUCUGGAGGCUAUACACUUCUUUGUCGAGGUGCUGGAUAGCUUCUUUGGGAAUGUGUGUGAGCUGGAUUUGGUGUUUAAUUUCUAUAAGGUGUAUGCGAUUCUCGACGAGGUGUUCCUUGCUGGUGAGAUUGAGGAGACGAGCAAACAGGUUGUGUUGACGAGGCUGGAGCAUCUGGACAAAUUGGAGUAAAGAGUGGGUUGUUGCGAUACGUGUGGUAGUGCACUGGCACAUUGCCUCUGGUAUGGCAUGGCACAGAAUGGGAUGUCCAGGGACGGGGCGGAUUACAAUAUUGCAUGGCAAGGCGUUCUGGGGUAUAUACUUGCUGAUAUGAAAUGGCAAAAUUUACAAUGACAAAUUUGAUAUUCGAG